UUGUGCCACAGAAGCGGUUUGAGGUAACGACUGGCGGACCAGCUGGUAUAGCUGACCUACAGGUUGCCACUGUUAUAGCUGUACCCAUCCUGAUGUUACUAGCCGCCACAGCAACAGUGGUAUUCUUCUGUCACAGAAGAGGUAAUUUACAGAUGUUUAGAUCGGUGCCAAACCGUCAAACUAGUGAGCAAUUAGCCAUCGAGACGCCGAACAACCAACUGGAAGCAACCUCUCAAGGAAUGGAUGAGCAUGACACUCCAGCGAUCGCCGUGUUAUGUUCCCAACAAAACUUAAACGUGAAAAAGAUAUCCAAAUUAUUCAUUCAGUUUAUCAAAUCAAAAACCGAGGUUUUGACAAUGGAGGGUUCUUGCUCCGGAGUAGAGAUAGACUCGUACGUACACAAGUGGCGAUCUGCACAGCGCCCUUGCACAUUACUCGUCGUAUUGUCAAAAGAUUUACUGGACGCUUUGAGCAAGGUAAAACGGGGUUUGGAUAUAUCAAAGACGCCAGGUUUAAAACUAGAUCUGCACUUAGUGAAUCUACUGCUGGAGAUUGACCGGGUGACCCCCGCGCAACUGCCUCCCGUCAUGUUAGUGUGCCUGUUCUCGGAUCUAUGUGCGCGCUACCUCGAGCUGUUGCCUAACCUCGGCCAAUUAUACUCUAUCGUCGACAACAUUGACCAACACAAAUGUCAGUUAAGAUCUAGGGAUCUGGAACAGUUAUUUGUGUCAAUGAGUAGAGGUCAAUUGAGUCCCCCGGUUACGCUUUCACACAACAGUUUGACUGGAUGUGUCCAGACUAAACUACUUCUUGCUGCCAUCCAAGAACUUAAGAAUGCAAGACCACACCAAUCAAAGUUACCAUACAACGGAUGUAAACCUAAACUCACAAAAGAAAUGGCAAUGAACGCGACUACUUACCAGUGUGCCUAUCGACCACCAGGUGUCGCUAGACAGGAGUAUGUGUACCGGGAUCUUAUCCGACAAGGGACAACAUACUUUGAAAAUGGUUGUGUGCCACGAACCCCGCCUACCUGCUGCACAGGCCAGUCCAUCGAUCCAAGACAACCCAGCCAAAUCUGUGUGAUGGAUGGUUCUUACCAAGAUAAUCCGAGGCACGCACUUUGUGAGUCUUUUUCAGGUCAGGUGGACAGUGGUUUUGACACUAUGACGACAUCUGCUGGUCCUGAGGAGGCCGAGAACGCGCCAUUUGUAGUGCGGUCUCAAAUUACGGCUAAGAGUGACAAAGGUAUGAAAAAACAGACACUUAACGGUACACGUCAAGAAGAAGAAGUGUUGUUUAUUUCCCCGGAAUCUGACGACGAGUGCGAUGGGGUAUCUCUGUCUCAACGGAUCGUUGAACUCAAUCGGCGACAUACAAAACAGUGGAACAAGCCUUGAUUUGUGAAAUCCCUCUAUACAGUGAAUGAUCAGCCAUUCGUAAUGCACUGUAACACUCUCAACUUCAGCCAUUAUUGAGACUCUCACUAACGCAUAUACACCAUUCAGCAAUGUUCCUUGCCAACAGUUGAAUUGAGCAAUAUGCUUUCAUACCUGAGAAGAAAACUGAAUGAAUUUAACAAACGACAAGUUGAAGAUCGAAUUCGCCCAUGAUGGUAUAGCAUGAACCGGAAAUAGAGUUGACAUUUAUCUGUUAUAAAGUCUUCGGUACCAACUUUGAAAUGAUAGGCUCAACGUCUAUCAUUUCUCAAGAAUAUUGUUACCAUCGUUGACUGAAAAUAGAACCAUUAUUUAUUUGGCAUGUAGUCAACCGUACACAACCAGGAGAGUGACUUACCUAAAGUUUGCCUUUAAGAGCACUGUGUCGUAAACAGGAAGUAUGACAGCAUCCAUUAUGGUCUUGUCUGCUGUACCAUACCCCGAGUUAACUUCGAAACAUUUUCGUAUUCGUAAUGUUUCCUGUAUCGAAUUGUUAUCACCGUAUGCCUUCAAAAAGCUCAAAAGACUGUGCCUAACAUCGUCAAAAAAUCACAAUAAGUCUUAGGGCAGGUAGUAUGGUUACGUAUGUCCGUCUUCAGUUACCGAGAAAUGGGACGACAUUGUUUCAACUGUAGUAUUUAUAGAAUUGUAUUCGUAGUCCAUAAAGAUUGUUGUCCUACACUCGGGACAAUCAGAACUUUACCAAAGUAGUAAAGAUCAAUGUGAACGUCAUAUACAAUGGAAAUAUAAUUAGAAUUGAAAUACACGACCAAUCCGGUACAUUCAUAUAUCGAAUCUAAUUUUACAAAUUGAAACGUCCUUCAGUUAUGCGGUCUAAAUAGUAUUUUCUUCAUAUUUUAGUCUGAUAAGUGUGACCAUUGCUAAUUUUGGUUGAAAUAAGGAUACAAACUGACAGGCAAUUACUCCGGAAUUGUAUGUAUAUUGACGUUGGGUUACAAACACAGGGACCGUCAAAUAUUGAUACUAUAUUGACCGACAGCAUGGUAAAAAUAGUCCAGCCUGCUUGCGACACGUGGAUUUAUCAGGAUGAGGACCAUUUGCCACGUCCAAUGAUAAUAUCACACUUAAAUGGCAGCGAAAACAUAUUCUUGAGUGUAGAACUUUAGGAAGGCCAGCUCCAGCUUCAGUGGUAGGUACCGUAGACUACACACCUUAGUAUAAAGGUUUAAAUAACCGCCGAACGCCCUUGAAACUAAGGAAGGUAGUUUUCAGCACCUAACAAAGAGAGAAUAUAACACUUAACGUUGCAAUUGCUGAAAUCCUGCCAUAAAAAGUAGUAAACGUUGUUUUCGCCGCUAUUUUGAUGUGUCGUUAUCCAGGCGCGUGACGCACGGUCCCAUACCUGUAUACGUCACGUCCCCCUUUAUCACCGUGUAUAUACAAAAUCAUGUUUUAAAGUUUGGUACUUACAAGUAGGAGUUAAAUGAUACUCCUGUUAAUUUGCUCAAAACACAACACGUGUUCAUUAGGAGACACGUUAGUUACAAUCAUUAUAUAUUUUAAAUGAUGAAAGAAUUUUAUUUAUUCGUUUUUUAACAUUUAACUAGAAAAAAUAGUGACCGGGCUGUUGUCAUACUGCCAUAACAUGGGCAUGGUAUUUUAAUUAGAGAUAUGUCACUUCAAAGUAGCCAUUUAGUUGCCCAAUUGUACGUGGUCACCGUUUUCACCUUAACUGUUGCAUAGACACAACUCCCUAACAGCCAAAACCAAAGUCUUCAUUUCUCAGAACGCUUUAAACGGGCCAUAUUCGGCUCUGGUUCGUUGUUAUCAACUUAUCAGUCUUUCAUUAUCGGCAGUGCCUGAAUUUAUAUGUAUAGUAUAGUUGGUGCACUACACGGAUGACUACAUAUAUUUGUGAAUACGGGUACAUUCCAUUCUGUAACGGACUAUCGACAAGAAUGGAAGGACAUUGCUGGCAGAUCAUUGUGUGACGAUAACUAUUUAUAGACUGUAAUAUAACUAUUUAUAGACCGUUAUAUAAGUCAGUGAUGUUUAUGAUUGUCCUUAUCUAUAACUUGCUAACUUUGAAUUGAAAGUUACAAACACAACCCCGUCAGCACUACUAAAAAAAAAAAAAAAAAAAAAUAUUUUAAAACAUAAAUUAUAUGUUGACAGUUAUAUAUAGCACUGAAAACUAAAAAAUGUAUAAAAAAAGUUUCUACAGAUCUAGAGAUUCCUUACUGUCCGGGACCAGAUUGUUACAACAUGUUCCAUUAAAUAAUUCAACAUUUAAAAUUUAUUUGACCUGGUGAUACAAACUCGACCCCAAACAAGGCUAUUUUUCGUCACAAAUUGCAUUAUAGUUAAGAACAAACUCGUCCCGUAUCAAGUUUAUUUUUAUCAUAUUUUUAUGUUUGUACCCGGUGGUACCAUCUUACCGUUAUCAAGACUACUUUUUAUCACAUUUCUCUGAUCAAGUAGUAUCAACUCGUCCUCUAGAAAGCUACAUGUUUUCAUAUGUAUUUGACCCGGUGGUACUAACUCGUCCCUGACUAAGACCACUUAUUAUCACAAUUAUUGCUAUUCAUAAUCCCAUUUACAAUGUACUUGUAUGUGAUCCGGUGGUACAAAUUCCUCCCUGAAAAUAGCUACUGGUUGCCAUUCGUAACUGAUUUUGAAGUAUAAAUCCAAUCGUCUCCAAUCAAGGCUACCUAUGUGUUAUCAUCUAAAUGCGUUAUAGAGUAACUAACUCGUCCCAAUGCUACUUGUUAUCAUAUCUUUGUGACCAGGAAAUACAAACUCGUUCCCAAUCGUAGUUACUUUUUAUCCUUUUAUGAUAUCCGGAAUUACCAACUUGUCUCCAAUCAAGGCUAACUGUUAGCAUAUUUAUAUGACCUGGUAGUACAAAACUGUCUCCAAUCAAGACCACUUUUUAUCAUCAUUUGAGAUCUUUAAUCAUCUACUCGUCCCAACGCUACACCUGGAAUUCUCACAUUAUUUUGUGACCUGGAAGUGAUAUGUCGUCCCCAAUCAUGGUUACUUUUUAUCAUCUGUAUGCAAUCUUUAAUAACCUACUCGUCCCAACGCUACACCUUCUCACGUUGUUUUGUGACCUGGACGGGACAUACUCGUCCCCAAUCAUGGCUAAUUGUUAUCAUUUUACGCGGUCUGGCAGGCGCGUAGCUAGCCUA